ACGCGUCCUAGCGCGUUUUUCUCAUCUCCUUCUUCCUUCCUCGCACUUCUAUAAACUCCAUAGCUCUGAAAAGUCUCCUAUAAAUCUCCACUUUCUCAUAGCUUCCUCUCUCCCUCAUCACUAAACGAGUGACACACAAAUUCUAGAGAGAGAAACACUUCAUACAUAUAUAUACAAAGUUAUAUAUAUAUAUAUAUAUAUCACAGAGAGAUUGAUCUCUUCUUCAAUCUAUAGCUUCAUAAACAGUGUGUUGGAGGGAGAAGUAGUUCGAGAGAGAGAGCUUAUAUACAUACAUAUAGACAGAGAUUGAAGCAAUGGCUCACUUCAACAACAACAACGGCGGCGGUUACUCCGAUUUUCCGGCGGUUCCGACUCACGGAGGGCAGUUCAUUCAAUACAACAUUUUCGGCAAUCAAUUUGAGAUCACGGCGAAGUACAGGCCUCCGAUCAUGCCAAUUGGUCGCGGUGCUUAUGGAAUCGUCUGCUCGGUGAUGAAUUCCGAGACGAACGAGAUGGUGGCGAUCAAGAAGAUCGCCAAUGCUUUUGACAAUUUCAUGGACGCCAAGCGAACGCUUCGGGAGAUUAAGCUUCUUCGACAUUUGGAUCACGAAAAUAUCAUAGCCAUUAAGGAUGUAAUUCCCCCACCGUUAAGGAGGGAAUUUUCUGAUGUCUACAUUGCCAUAGAACUCAUGGACACUGAUCUUCACCAAAUCAUUCGAUCCAAUCAAAGUUUGUCAGAGGAACACUGUCAGUACUUCUUGUAUCAGAUUCUUCGAGGACUGAAAUACAUACAUUCUGCACAUGUCAUUCACAGAGAUUUGAAACCCAGCAACCUGUUGCUGAAUGCCAAUUGUGAUUUGAAAAUUUGUGAUUUCGGCCUUGCUCGGCCUACUGCGGAGAACGAGUUCAUGACAGAAUAUGUUGUCACCAGAUGGUACAGGGCACCUGAGUUAUUGUUAAACUCUUCAGAUUACACUGGUGCCAUAGAUGUCUGGUCUGUGGGUUGCAUCUAUAUGGAGCUUAUGAACGGGAAACCCUUGUUUCCGGGUAAAGAUCAUGUGCAUCAGAUGCGCUUAUUAACAGAGCUUCUUGGGACACCAACUGAAUCUGAUCUUGGGUUUGCUCGGACUGAUGAUGCAAGAAGAUAUAUCAGGCAACUUCCCCAGCAUCCUCGCCAGGAGUUAGGGAAGGUUUUCCCGCAUGUCCACCCGUUGGCCAUUGACCUCAUUGAUAAAAUGUUGACGCUUGAUCCUGCAAAAAGAAUUUCAGUUGAAGAAGCAUUAGCCCAUCCAUACCUUGCAAGAUUACAUGACACAGCUGAUGAACCAAUCUGCCCGGAGUCGUUCUCCUUCGAUUUUGAACAGGCUGUGGGAGAGGAGCAGAUGAAGGAUAUGAUUUAUCAGGAGGCCUUGCUACUCAAUCCAGACUAUGCAUAAUAAUGCAAAGGCCACCAUCCAUGCCAGGUUUUCCAUAUAUAUUAUAUGCCCCGCAUAUAUAUUCUGGGAUGGGCUAGUACUAUUAAUUUUAUUUUAUUUUAUUUUUUGGGUUGGGCUAAAUUUUUUUUUUUUGGGGGGGGGGGGAGUCCUCAAGUCCAGCGCCCCCCUUGUAUCCGCCUGUUCUAUUCUAUAAUUUCCGGCCCAUAAUCUUCCUAAACUAUGUUUCUAGUGACUGCCUUCUAAACUAUUAAACCAUUUGCACUUUACCCCCUUAUUUAACGAAUAAGGGAUGACAAACUGUGCAAAUUUUUUUAGUAGUUUAGGGGAUUAGCUGGAAAAAAAACAUAUACUACAGUUGAGGAGUGAAUGUUCCACAAAAUUAUGUAGUAUAGGUGUUCAAGUGUGCUUAAUUGUUUAAUUAUUAUAUAUCAUUAAUCCAGUUCAACCUGCCAGCUUGCAGCACAAAACCCUUGAGAUUGUCCUGAGUGGGUUGGGUUUGAUAUACUAGCAUUAUCUAUUUGUUGCUUCUGUUGAUUGAGCGCUUAUUGACUGCCCAUGGGUGUAAUGGGCCUCCAGACACUACACUUAUAUGGUCAGGUUCCUGCCAGUACUAUUAGCUACAUAACAACCUUCACAUUUUCCUUUAUUUUUUUAUUGUUUCAUUUUGUAAAUUAUUUUGGUGUGUUUUGAAACUAAAUUGUUUCUCGUUUCCUUUUCUUCUUUAAUGUACUACAUACAAUGUACAAUGUACAAUUUGCAAUAUGUGUUUGUUAUAGAAUUCUUGUUCUUCAA